AUGGAGGAAGAAGAAGCUUCCACCAGUUCUGCAACACCGCCAAAGAAAAUAAGACGAAUGUGCCAUUAUAAUAAAGACUGGGAAAAUAAAUAUUCUUGGAUAACUAAAGCCAACGUCGACACUAGAGCUUACUGUAAAAUUUGUAGAAAUGAAUUUGCUGUGGCUGAAGGUUUGAAGGGGGUGAACCAGCAUGCCUCUACAAAAAAGCAUAAAGAGGCGGAAAGUGCGCAAGCCAAGUCCCAAAGAAUGGACUCUUUCUUUACGCCUAAAGGAAGCGCACAGAGUGAAAAAGUAAGCUUUGCCGAGUUAGCAGAUAUUUUUCACUCUGUAAAACAUCACAUCUCCUAUUUGGCUCAAGAUUGUUCAUUAAAGGUCAGAAAACAAACCAUCACAGAUUCGGAAAUCGUGAAACAAAUGACCGGUGGGCGCACCAAAUGCACUGCCAUUGUGAAUCAAGUUCUGUACCCUUUCAGUGUAGUUCAUUCAAUGGAACUGGUCCAAGAGGAUUUGAAAGAAGUCAUGCCUUUUUUCGUCGCUACUGAUGAGUCGAAUAAAGGAAACAAGAAGUUGUUCCCAGUUGCCGUUCAGUAUUUUACAGCAAAAUCUGGAAUGUGCUGA